UCGAAAAAUUUAGUCGAAAUAUCAAGGAAAAUUUCAAUAUUUCAAUCCUUACAUGGGAGUGAACUCAAAGAUCGGGCUAAUCAACUUAUUAACUCAAGUAGUGGAUUCCAUAUCCUGGCUUGAUAUUGGCCCAAAUGCCUAAGAUGCUUUUCGAAACUUGGAGAGUGACAUAACGAACAAAUUCUCUGUGAAAAAUGUCUAGCUUUAUUCCUUCCAUCUUCUUCUUCAUCUCAGCUCCAUCCAAGCCCCCAAAAGCAAACGAAAAGGCAACUUCAUUCCUACAUUUUCGUUUUCAGAAUAAGUUCCUUUGCACUUGACCUAAUACAGUCUCCCUGUGGAUCCAAAACCAUGAAGAAGGUGCAUCCCUCCCUCAGCAAGCCGAGCAUCUCGUACAACGUUGCAUCAUCUUCGACGCCGAAGAAACUCCGGAGACUCCCUCACGUGUUCGCCAAGGUUCUCGAACUUCCUCUCCACUCCUGCGCCGAUGUCUCCAUCCAAGAAACCUCCGAGUCUUUCCGUUUCUCUGUGGCUGUUCCCGCUGAUCAUCAAGUAUACCACGACGAGGUUGUCCAGGCCAACGCGAUAGAGAUUUAUCCGGGGGUGACUAAGAUUGUGAUACAAAAGGCUAACGGUGGUGACUUUUCGCCGGCGGUGAAUGUCUUCGGCGACCAUUUCGAUAAGUGGAGGUAUCGGCUCCCUGCUUCGACGAGACCGGAGUUGGCUAAUGCUACGUAUGCUGGUCAAGUACUGGUAGUGACUGUUCCAAAGAACCAUGAUCAUGAUCGUAGCACGCGAGAGGAGCAAAAAGAAGAUGAAAAUGUUAGGGUAAUUGUUAUACAGUGAUGUUAUCGAUCUAGCUAGCUACCAUCAAAUGAUCAUGUCAAUCAAUUUGGAUUACUGUGAUGAUUGAUUGACCAUUUGUUAUUAUUCUAGUUGGUGCAUGUAUCAAAAACAUAUAAUCAAGAUGUGGCUAAAGAAAAUCUCGUUGCUUUGUCGCUGUGAUUUUCCAAUCACGCAUGAACAUCAUGCAUCAGGAC